AGAAGGAUAAUUAUCACAUCUAGUCGUCAAGCAGCGUUUUUCUAGUUGCAGCUACCAUAAUAAUGACGUCACAUCUUCAGCUGUUUAUCACUCUGUCAUGCGCAGUCAUAGUUCAUGGAGUUGAACCAKCCCUUUUGAGAUGCGAUCGCAAAAGAGAUGCAUUAUUCAAGAGAGUUGACAAAGAUCGAAAGUUAAGUGGUCACGUGAUAGAAUCCCAUGACGUAGCUAGUUCCCUGGACUGCGCGGAAAAAUGUUUGGAGACUAGUGGAUGUAAGUCGUACAAUUACCAAGAAACUGGUUCUCCUCAUCACGUKUGCCAACUGAAYAACCAAUCAAAAUCAAGUGCGUCUUCAUCUGAUUACGUCAUCCAAGAAGGAUUCUCGUAUUAUGAUGCUGAACAACACGUUUUAGAGGCUUUACCUGCCUGUUCGUCGUCUCCUUGUCGAAAUGGUGGAACAUGUAGACUUGCUGGGUGUAACGAUGAUUACACAUGUGACUGUGCAGAGGAUUAUCAUGGCGAAUACUGUGAAAAGUGGAUUGGUUUAGAUGGUUCAACCAGCGCACGACCUGGRCAUUCAUGCAAGUACAUCAAUAAGUAUGGAAAAGCCAAAGGGGAUGGAGACUACUGGAUUGACCCGACACGAUCUGGAAAACCAUUCCUGGUAUCUUGUGAUAUGACAACAGAUGGAGGAGGAUGGACUGUCGUGCAUCGAUGUGAGCUAAAGUCGUCCAGUCCAACAGGUGCUAUAGAUAUGCCAGAUUAUAGAUCCAUGAAAGAGCUAAACUGGAAAAAAAGAAUUAAUACUGAUAUCUUAUUGAGCCUCCGAAACGACAUGGGAUUCAAUCAGAUGCGAUUCUAUUGCCAUAAGAAAGCCGUUAAAAGGACAGUCCACGUGAUGACAAAGAGGACUGAUCGUGGCUAUGAUGUCAUCACAGAUACUUCACUAAAAACUCAGAUACACCCGCCGUUGCAUGUUCCUCUUACUUCACAAUGCCUGAUGACACAUCUGUGGUUUCCAAGGACUGCAAAAAAUUGGGCUAUAAACGCGAUGGACAUUCCUACCUUAACCAAUGGGGAAACAGAGGUGAACAUCGAGGUUCAGUCCGGUUAUACAAAAGAGUGUUGAAUCGUCCGGAUGGUUAUACUAUAAGCUUUACAAAUGAUUAUUUUUACUGCGACGACCAUAAGAAAAACAAUUUAAACGCAGGUGAUCUGUGGGUCUUGUAUGUACGAUAAACAAGCUACGAUGAUAAACUAUGCAUGUAUGACAAUCUAUUUGGUAUGACAGACCAGUUGAACUAUUCACGGAACAGGGUCCUGUAAAAAAGAGCUUUCUAGCGUGGGGUUUGUAUKAGUACGUUGAGAUUUAUUGUGUGUCCUAUAGGUAUCCAAUARUASCUUGAGUUCGUACGAUUAAGCUUUGGGCAUCAACAACAUUCAUUUAAAAUAGCUACGUACACCUUUUUUAGCGUAGUGAGACCCUGGAGACAUCGGUGAUGAUGUCAGAUGGAACCAUAAAAGAGAUAGGAAGUACUCGUAAAUAAUUCACGAACGUGUUUAAUAGGAGAAAAUGUUGGAAAGACCCGGAAAGAUAUUGUCAUGAAGUAUUCCCAAUUUCGCAAAUCAAACUGAAAAAUAAAUAUAAAUAGCGAGUCCUAUUAUUAUACUAAUAACCACAUUGACGUAGAGAAAGAUUUUUGCUUUGGGGUCUUGCUUCAAUGAAGUGAGUAUAGCC